GUGCCCCAUGGACCCAAAUAAUAGCUGCCUAACCGCCAUAGAGGAUGUUGUCACGACAGACCGCACUCUGUCGGCGGCAACAUCCGCCACACCACCCGCCCACAGAGAUACCGCGUCCACGGUCGGCGCUUCUUGCGCCCCCUCAGGCUACCGCCCCAUCUCUGCCGUUGAGCUGUAUGUGAUUAUGAAUCGCAUAGCAAAGCCAGAAACACCCGCAGAAAAAGAGGCCGCGGAAAGGGCGUACGCACAUUUCGUGCGCCACGACUUAGCCGCCGCCCGGGCACAACAGCCGCAAACAGAGUCUUCCUUUCCGCUGAGUGAACUGCCGCGCUCGGCCAUAGAAGAGGUGAUUGUUCCGCCGGGAGCCCUGCUGGGUGUAGCAACUCAAGAUGUUGCUGCUCUGGCGGAGGCGGCCCCGAAUGGUGUUGCGUCACCAGUCUUGGCUACUCAAGAAGCCAGUGCGCUGCUGAUCGCCCCAACGGACAAUUCCAGUGAAGAAGCCGCUAGCGCGCCAGUCCUCGCCGCGCAGAGACUGACUGACAGCGACCACCCCAACCCAACACGGCACCCAACAACGCCAGUUCUACUAGAAAUUCCUGAAGCCAACCUGGGGACACUUCUAUCGGCAGAAAUGCCGAUGGAUGUGCAACAGGCAUCACGGAAACGACCAGCCACCUCUGACUCUGAGGAACAAACCGCAGUAACCGCGCCUGAAGGGCGCCAAACAAAAAAGAAGGCUGCUGCUGCAGACGCCCCCACAGCGCCCCCUGCAGCCGAGGAAGACGGUUUUACCGUACCAAACCGGCGGCACACUGCCAAGCCCAAAAGGCUGGAGAAGGUGCUCGCCCCACCGCCAGCCACAUCAAAUCGGUUCGCAGAGGCAACCGAAGUUGUCAUGGAAGCGGAACCCGCCGCCCCAGCACGUAAACACACACGCCCCCCUCCAGUAGUCGUGACGUGGGACGACGAGUUCAUGGACCUCCGCCGCAUGAUUAAAGAAGUGGUGGAACGCGACGAACAGCCCAAAUGCUGCAACUGCAGUGAGCCGCAUGUUGCCAGCUACAGGGGCUGUAACGCAUUCAAAUCCCGCAAGCGUGGCAAGGCCGCCAAAAAAGUGCAGCCAGGAGUCAGUUUUGCGUCCGUUGCCGGGAGACGGGCUGCUGAACAGCAGGCCCCGCCUCGCGGUGAACGCCGCCUACCCGCCCGCAACCUGCAACCACCUACCAACACACAGACGGAACCCAGUGCUGCUGGGCUACUCCCACCGCCCCCCACGACCCGCGCCGAAAAAGGACAGGCUGCCCCUGCUGCGCAGACACCCAUCGCAAAACAGUGCCAGCCUAGUACAGCCCCAGCGCCACCCGCCCCCGCGGCCUCGAGCGCUAUCACAGAUGAUCUGCAGACGCUACUGCAAACAUUAAACAGAAUCAUGACACAACUACCCAGUCUAGUCUCCGCAGCUGCGACGGCCCUCCAGGCCGUCGCCCAGCCCCCCAGUCAUGGAUAA